AGGUGCCCUCCGGUGAUGAGCUUCCUGCUCCCCGACGACUACGCCAUGAAAGACUCUGACUCACUGACCAUCCUUCACUACCCCGGCCCUGGAAAGACCGGCUCACAGUUUCCCGCCUCACCUCUGCACAGCGGAACCCCAGGCAUGGGGAAACCUCAGCCCUUCCGCCUGCAGUCUGGCCCACACCUUCUCGCCAGCAUGCAGCUCCAGAAACUCAACAGCCAUUAUCAGAGUCUCGCUGCCACGACGGGCUCAGCCAACAUGUCGUCGAGAGGCUAUGGGAUGCGGCCGUUGGGCGUCACACAGACCUCAGUCCCAGAGUCAUACAGACCUCAGACCCAGAGUCCUGGGAUCAUUGACUUAGACCCUGUGGAUGAAGAGGUGUUGAUGUCCUUGGCGGUGGAGCUGGGCUUAGACCAGGCCAAGGAAUUACCAGAACUUUGGCUCGGCCAGAAUGAGUUUGAUUUGAUCUCGGAUAUACCUGCUGGAUGCUGACCUGUGUACACACAGAGACAAUUCUGCCAUCAUCUACCCCCGUAUCUCCUCUCAGCAGAUGUUGAGGGAACAGACAUAUUUAAGAUUUGUCUGUAUGAUAGAUCCUAUCUGAAAAUGUUAUCAGAAAGGCACAAACAUUUUGGGCACAGACAUUUGCACACGGUUUCCUGUUUUGGUGCAGAUAAGAUCUACAAAUGAUCUUGAUCCAAAUUAUUUGAGGGCAUAUUCAUGAUUAUCAUCUAAAUUGGGGCCCUAUUUGAAACUAGUGUAAAAUCAUCAUUCACUGUUAAUUGAUUUGGCUUGAUGGGUCAUCUGUAGGCCUAUGUACACACUCAUUCCACAGACUGGCCUGUGACAUACAGCCACAGACAAUUCACAAGAAGUGCUGCUAGGGUAUAUUGUAAGAGUGUCCCUCUGAUGCUCUUCAGUUUGGAGUUGGAAAAUGGUUCAAAAGUCUGAGGCACUCAUAAGGGGUAUAUGUUUAAAUAGCCUUUAAUCUCACCCGACUAUUCGGUUAAAAUAUGCCUUAUGUUUCAGUGUAAUAGCCUUCAUCGGGGCCAGUCAAAGUGGCCUACAGCAUUUUGUAAUGCGUUAUUUUAAUCCAAUCCAUUCAAUCCAAUGUCAAUUUAAGUGCAUUGGUCUAACUUUACGGGAGUCCUGGUCCUGUACAUGGAAAACAUGGAGAAACAAUUCCAAUUAACGUUACUUCAGGGGCACAGAAGGGAGAGGUGUAAUUCGAUAGCUGUUGAACUCAAACAUCGCAACCAGAAUGGCUGACUUUGAGAAUGCCUUUAUGACCCAAAUGGAUGGUCUUACAGCUAAUGAAUGGGAGGAUACCCUGAUUAUGGUAUAAUGCCCUGAGGCGCUAUGCUGAAUCAUUGAAAACAACAACAAGUAACUGGGAAGUUGCUCAGUUUGGUUGUUCUCUCAUGCUCAUGUCCUUUGUUUGAAUAGUCAACAAUUGCUCUCAAACUAAAGCAUUUUGGUUUUUGAGAUGUUCUUUUCAUGUAUCAUUGUGGGGGAAAAAAUAUGUUGAUAGAAAUAAGAAGAGAGAAGAGUUUUAUGUGUUUGUGUUGUCUCUUUGUCUCUUUGCUUUCUUUCUAAGUGAAUUUGUACAGGGAAACAGUUGGACACAGUGGCACAUGGAUCUGUCAAUUUAGCUUAGUUUCUAAAGACAUUUUUAUAAUUGGAUCAUAGUCAAAUGUUUGUAUAUAGGAAUAUAUUUUUUAAAAUAAAUUAGUCUGGACCAUCUUAGCUGAAAACUUUGAGGAAAUUUGCUGGUUAUUUUGUUUUGUUUAAUUAAGUUGACAUAAUGUUUGUGAUUUUGUAUUACACCCGCCUAUUUUCCACAUUAAAAUACAUCAUGGGC